AUGGCAGCCGCAACCCAUAUCGUUGACCUAGCCACUGGCUGGAAGCUGAAACGUUCCGAUGAGGGCGAUGAUACCUGGAUGACGGUGGAAAAGGUCCCAACUGUCGUUCAUCUGGACUUACUGAACAACAAAAAGAUACCCGACCCAUUCAUUGGUACAAACGAGCUUGAUGUCGAAUGGGUUGGUGAGCACUCUUGGACGUACGAGACCACUUUCAAUGGUCCUACCAUCUCCGACAAUGCACAAGUUUACCUCUUGUUCGAUGGCCUUGACACUCUCGCUCACGUGCGAUUGAACGGCACGACUAUCCUCGAGAGCGAUAACAUGUUCCUGAGUCAUCGCGUAGAUAUAACAGCUCUACUUCAGCAAUCCAAGAGCAACGCACUCUCCAUCGAGUUUGAUAGCGCUUUAUUAGCUGGGAGAGCACUUGAAAAGGAGCAUUCGGAGCACAAGUUUGUUGCUUUCAAUGGAGAGGCGAGCCGUCUGGCUGUUCGCAAGGCGCAGUAUCAUUGGGGAUGGGACUGGGGCCCAGUAUUGAUGACAGCCGGGCCGUGGAGGCCUGUGAGGCUCGAGGUAUCACACACGCACAUAAGCAACGUCCGCGUCGAUUACGAUGUCUCCGACGACUUAAGCACUAUAACUGGAAAGAUAGUCGCCGACAUCGAGGGUCUGGUCGAUGAAAUCAUUUUCACUAUAGGAUACAGAGAUCAGGAUAUCUUGCGUGUCGCCCAGAAAGCAGAGAAUGGUACAAAUGCAUCAGAAUUCAAGCUUGAAAACCCAAAUCUCUGGUAUCCCGCUGGGUAUGGAGAGCAGUGCCUCUAUUCCGUUGCAGUCAACGCGUCAUACCAGAAUACGGUUCUCAACACCUGGGAGACAAAGACAGGCUUUAGAAAGAGUCAGCUUGUGCAAGAGAAAGACGACCGUGGACAAUCUUUUUACUUCCGCAUAAACAACAUUGAUGUUUUCUGCGGUGGAUCUUGUUGGAUCCCAGCUCACAGUCUUCUUCCCAGUCUAGAUCCUGAUAAGUAUCGUGCUUGGCUCCAGCUUAUGACUGACGGCAACCAAGUAAUGACAAGAGUCUGGGGCGGAGGCAUCUAUGAGGACGAUGCAUUUUACGAUAUAUGCGACGAAUUGGGUAUUCUUGUCUGGCAAGACUUUAUGUUCGCUUGCGGGGUGUAUCCUGUCUGGCCUGCAUUAUCGGAUUCUAUACAAGCUGAGGCCGAGAAUAAUAUCCGUCGCCUUCGACAUCAUCCGUCCAUUGUCAUCUGGGCCGGCAACAACGAGGACUAUCAGGUGCAAGAACAGUGCCACCUUGAUUAUGAUUACGACGAUAAGAACCCCGAAAGCUGGCUCAAGAGCAACUUUCCAGCAAGAUAUUACUACGAACACCUGCUUCCUUCGAUAAUGGAGAAAGAGACGCCCGGUACUCAAUACUGGCCAGGUUCUCCAUUUUCGAACGGCAAGUCCAGCGACGACCUCAAUGUUGGCGAUGUUCAUCAAUGGAAUGUCUGGCAUGGAACCCAAGAGAAGUAUCAGAGGUAUGGCGAGAUUGGCGGGCGAUUUAACAGCGAGUUCGGACUAGCCGCUUUUCCAGUUCUCAAGACCGUCGAAGGUUUUGUCGAGAACCGGGAGGACUUAUACCCGCAAUCACAUGUUCUCGAUUUUCACAACAAAGCAGAUGGGCACGAGCGACGCAUCGCAACAUACGUUAUGGAAAACUUUCGUUUUUCUGCUGAUCUCGCUACUUGGGUAUACUUGACCCAAUUGGCACAGAGCGAAGCCAUGACUUACGCGUAUCGCAAUUGGCGACGGCAGUGGGGAGAGAAUCGCCGAUGUGGCGGUGCUCUGGUGUGGCAGCUCAAUGAUUGUUGGCCCGCGACAUCCUGGUCUAUCGUAGAUCAUUAUCUGCGAAGGAAACCAGCCUUCUACGUCAUCAAACGAGCGCUGUGUCCGAUCGCGGUUGGAGUGCAGCGCGAACAUCAUGACUGGAGUGUCUGCCAUGCGCGUCCGAAAAAGUCUUCGACCUACGAGCUCUGGAUCUCGAGUAGUCUGCAGAACGAGACGCAUGUUGAUGUGGAGCUUCGGUUUCUGUCCAUAGCAACCGGAAAGGAAAUGAAGCCGACUGUCAGAAAGGAAAAUGUUGCAAUUGCGAAGAAUGGAUCGACGAACGUUCUAUCUGGGGUGAUCGAUAAUGUUACGGAAGAAGUGCACGUGUUGGCUGCACGCGUCUUUCAGUCUGGAGAGUGCAUUUCUCGGGAUGUUGAUUGGCCACAGCCCUUCAAGUACCUGUCCUUUGAGAACAGAGGCGUCAAGGUCGAAGCGCAGAACGGGAAGUUUAUGAUCUCUUCUGAAAAGCCUACAAAGGGACUCGUCCUUGAAGAGAUCGACGGCUGUGUAUUGAGCGACAAUUGCUUGGAUGUUAUGCCGGAUGAUCCCCAAGUGGUCGACAUUUGUACCGAAAGUCAGGAUCUCAACGCGCCUAAUUUCAGAUCUCACACCGAACUUGCCGAUAGUUACGCAAAGGCCCAGAAGAUCAUCGGAACAUUGUUUCCUUCUAGUUCACUUGAUGAACUUUCGUCAAUGACCCGUCAGCAAUUGAUGGUACGGCUGCAGUCUUCCAACCCGCCUCCACCUUCGAUUGAGAUGGAGCCGCAGGACCAUCUGCAAGUUUUAGAGCCCCCGCUGGAACAAAAUUUCACUUGGGACGAAAUAUCCGAGACUGAAAGUGAGACAUCGCGCGUAGCAGACGACGUCAACGGACUAGCCUUCUCGCGACAAUCUCUCAAUGCCUCAUACCUGGGUAUAUCUUCGGUUCCUACCAUUCUAAAAGUCAUCGCCCACCUUUCUCCUCAUGUGCAAGAACGCAUUCCCAAGGGCACUGAAGCUUGGCGAAGUCCUUCAACUCUGGCUGACAGUCCGGGUGACAUGGUUUCCCUGCAAGAAGAUGAGAUACCGAUUAUAAAUGCAUAUUUUAUUCACGUACAUCCUGUGAUUCCCAUGGUCGACGAAGCCGACUUUCGUCAGAGGUAUUUUCAAUCAAACACGGAAGAGGAUGAAGAUGGCCCAUGGCUGGCUCUUAUGAAUAUGGUCCUCGCUAUGGGCUCGAUGGCGUCAGAGUCGAUCCACUUCAACGGGCACAACCACUUCUACAAGCGAGCUCUAACUUAUCUAAACAUCAACUCUUUUGGCUCUGGCCACCUCUACAUGGUCCAAGCAUUGGCUCUGUAUAGUGGCAUGAUACUUCACUUUCUCAACAAGCCCAAUAUGGCAGCUGCUGUUAUGGGAGCAACUCUUCAGAUGGCCGUUGCGAUGGGCCUGCACAGAGUGAAGGCUUCACAAUCUUCUACGAAUCCAGCUUAUCAUCCUGCAAAUGGCUCAACAACAACGCGGAUACGGACUUGGUGGUCUAUCCUCUGUCUGGAUACAUGGGCUUCGUCUACUCUGGGACGUCCUAGUGAGAGAUAUUGGGAUCCAACUAUAACGCUAACUUCGUCCAUGUCGGUUUUGGAAAACCUGCGCCUUGUCCAGUUACCUUUGAUCAGCCCAGAGGAAGUUGAUGAAUUGGAUAGUGAGCUCAUCGCCUGGAAAGAUUCAUUGCAUAUGUUUCUGGCUCAUCGUGAGCAAUGCCCACCAAGUCUCAAGACUGCGCGGGCGACUCUUUGGUGGAGAUGGGUUACAACUCGGCUCAUGCUCUACCGCCCAGGCUUGUUGACCGCAGCGCUGAAUCAGAAGCCAUGGGGACAGGAAACUGCUAGCGAAGCAGCUCAAGCUCGGAAAUGCAUCGAGAUUGCGAAAGAAGGUGUCGACCUUAUGGUCAUAGACUGGGCCCCAAACCAGUUUCUUUGCUGGAACAGCGCUUGGAACCUUUUCCAGGUGUCAUUAGUCCUCGUUCUGGGCAUCAUCUCGGACAAACAAGAGGCCGAAAAAAUGGAUUGCUAUGGAUCUGUAUGUCGUGCGAUUGAGCUGUUUGCUCAGAUGGAACCUCUAGACGCUGGAUGCACUCGUACCCGGAGGCUUCUCCAGGGUCUGUCUAAACAGAUCGAAGCAAGCACUGUCUCUCCUAUCAACUCUGAGGCUUUCGAUUUAUCUAUACUUGACUACCUAGGUACAGAUCCGUUCUGGGAGAACAUAGAAGCCGAGUUGAAUUGGACUUUCUAA